AUCUUAUUCACCUUUUGCCACCACAGAAGUGAAGAGUUAUAGUUUCACCGCGAUCAGAAAUGGCUACUCCUUAUUGCCACUUCCUAAUUGUGUCAUUCCCUAGCCAAGGGCUCAUUAACCCAUCCCUCCAGUUUGCUAAGCGCCUUCUACGGUUGGGGGCUCAUGUGACCUUCGCCACUUCCAUAUCCGCUAACCGCCAGAUGCGCAAGUCCACAGAAACCAUUGAGGGCUUGUCCUACAUCGGUUUCUCUGAUGGAUUUGACGACGGUUCCGACAUGGGAGCGCAUGAUCUCGAGCAAUUCAUGGCCGAGCUGAAGAGACAUGGGUCGGACACCCUACGUCAACUCAUCGAGAACAACCUGAAAGAAGGCCGAGAGUUCACGCACGUAUUUUACACAACAAUUGUCCCCUGGGUCGCAGACGUGGCCAGUUUCCUUCGGUUACCCUCAACGCUCAUCUGGGCGCAACCUGCGACUGUGCUAGACAUCUACUACUAUUACUUUAGUGGCUAUGGAGACGCCAUCGCGAAUGCCAGGGCUGACCAUUCAUCCCCAAUUCAAUUGACGGGACUUCCGCCUCUUACAGGACGCGAUAUCCCUUCCUUCUUCACCCCUGGAAACCAUUACAAUUUCAGUUUGCCUCUUAUGAAACGCCACCUGGAGAUCCUCGAUGAGCAACGCGAUCAUAACCCAAAAGUGCUUGUGAACACAUUUGAUGCACUUGAAGAAGGGCCUUUACGGGCCAUUGAUAAGCUCAACAUGGUGGCCAUUGGACCUCUACUUCCCUCUGCGUUCUUGGAUGGGCACGACCCGUCGGAUACAUCCUUUGGAGGUGACCUCUUUCGGGACUCAAGGAACUAUAUUGAGUGGUUAAACACGAAGCCCAAGGCAUCAGUGAUCUAUGUGUCCUUUGGGAGCAUCUCUGUCCUAUCAAAGCAACAAAAGGAUGAAAUGGCACGGGGAUUAACAGCCAGCAGCCGCCCAUUCCUAUGGGUAAUCAGGAAAAGCGGGGAAGAGGGUAAGGAAGAUGAUGAAGAGUUGAUUGGUCGGGAAGACUUGGAACGGCAAGGAAUGAUUGUGCCAUGGUGCUCACAGGUGGAGGUCCUGUCCCACCCAUCAGUUGGAUGCUUCGUGACACACUGCGGCUGGAACUCGACCUUCGAGAGCCUGGCAUGUGGGGUUCCAGUGGUGGCAUUUCCCCAGUGGACUGAUCAGCACACAAACGCGAAGCUGGUCGAGGACGUGUGGAAGACGGGGGUUCGAGUCGAAAUGAAGGACGGUAUAGUCAAAGGGGAGGAGAUCAGGAGGUGCUUGGACCUGGUCGUGGGAGGAGGAGAGAAGGGGGAGGAGAUGAGAAGGAAUGCCAACAAGUGGAAGGACUUGGCAAGGGAGGCUGCUAGGGAAGGUGGGUCGUCGGAUAAGAACCUUAGGGCAUUCUUGGAUGAGAUUACAGUGCCAGCGGCCAAUUUGAUUUUUCCUGCUAUUUGAAUAGAACUUACUAAUGUGUUGCUAUCUGAAUACAUUAAAGGUUAUGUUACCGUACUGACCGUGCUGUUUAAGUACUUCCUAAUAUAUAUAUAUGGGAUUAAGUUUAUUUUGCA